UUACGGCAUGGUUGGCGUGGACUGCGUACUCAUCACUUCUCUCUCCAGCCGCGCUGGGAUCCUCCCUGGCUACCCUUAAAGGCCUUAGGCGGCUCUGCCCCAUCCUCUGCCGCUGUGACCUGCACUUGCCGCAAGAGUCAUACAGUGGAAGACAGGGAACCCCAGAAACAGAAAUGGACUCAGUGGCCUUUGAGGAUGUGGCUGUAAACUUCACCCUGGAGGAGUGGGCUCUGCUGGAACCUUUGCAAAAGAAACUCUACAGAGAUGUGAUGCGAGAAACCUUGAGGAACCUCGCGUCAGUAGGGAAAAAAUGGGAAGACCAUAACAUUGAAGAUCAGUACAAAAACCAGAGAAGAAACAUAAGAAGUCAUACGGUAAAGAGACUCUGUGAAAGUAAAGAAGGUAAUCAAUGUGGAGAAAACUUCAGCCAUAUUCCAAAUCUUAAUUUGAACAAGAAAACUUCCACUAAAGUAAAACUAUGGGAGUGCAAUGUGUGUAGAAAAGUCUUCAUGAGUCGUUCAUCCCUUAAUAGACACAUGAGAUCUCAUACUGUGCCCAAACCAUAUAAGUAUCAGGAGUGUGGAAAGAAACCUUAUAAAUGUAAGAUAUGUGGGAAAGCUUUCAGUUAUCUCCAACCUUUUCAAAAACAUGAAAGAAAUCAUAGUGUAGAGAAAUCCUAUAAAUGUAAGGAAUGUGGGAAAUCCUUUAGAUAUCGCCAGUCUGUUCGCAAACAUGAGCGGACUCACACUGGAGAGAAACCUUACCAAUGUAAACAAUGUGGAAAAGCCUUUAGAUAUCAUCAGACCUUUCAAACACAUGAAAGAACACACACAGGAGAGAAACCCUAUGAAUGUAAGCAGUGUGGUAAAGCCCUCAGUUGUCCCAGUUCCUAUCGAAGUCAUGAAAGGACUCACACUGGAGAAAAACCCUAUGAAUGUAAAAAGUGUAGUAAAGCCUUCAGUUGUCCCAGUUCUCUUCGAAAACAUGAAAGAACUCAUACUGGAGAGAAACCAUAUGACUGUAAGGAAUGUGGGAAAGCCUUCAUUUCUCUUGGAAGCUUUCAAAGACACAUGAUAACGCAUACUGGAGAUGGACCUUACAAAUGUAAGGAAUGUGGGAAGGCAUUCAAUUGUCCCAGUUCAUAUCGAAUACAUGAAAGGUCUCACACUGGAGAAAAACCCUAUGAAUGUAAACAAUGUGGUAGAGCCUUCAGUUGUUCCAGUUCCUUUCGAACACAUGAAAGAACGCACACUGGAGAGAAACCCUAUCAAUGUAAGGAAUGUGGAAAAGCCUUCCAUUGGCUCACCACUUUUCAAGUCCACGUGAGAACUCACACUGGAGAGAAACCCUACAUAUGUAAGCAAUGUGGUAAAGCCCUCAGUUGUCCCACUUCAUUUCGAAGACAUGAAAAGACUCACACAGCAGAGAAACCCUAUGAAUGUAAACAAUGUGGUAAAACCUUCAGUUCUGCUCUAGGUUUGCAAAUACAUGAAAGAACUCACACUGGAGAAAAACCCUAUAAAUGUGAGGAAUGUGGGAAAGCAUUUGUUUCUCUCACAAGCUUUCGAAGACACAUGAUGACACACACUGGAGAUGGACCUUAUAAGUGUAAGGAAUGUGGGAAAGCAUUCAAUUGUCCCAGUUCAUUUCGAAUACAUGAAAGAACUCACACAGGAGAGAAACCCUAUGAAUGUAAAAUAUGUGGUAAAGCCUUCAGUUGUUCCAGUUAUGUUCAAGUGCAUGAAAGAACUCACACUGGAGAGAAACCCUAUGAAUGUAAGGAAUGUGGGAAAGCUUUCAUUUAUCGCACAACUUUUCGAGGUCACAUGAGAGUGCACACUGGAGAGAAACCGUAUAAAUGUGAAGAAUGUGGGAAAGCCUUUAGUCGGCCCAGUUCAUUUAGAAGCCAUGAAAGAAUUCACACUGGAGAGAAACUUCUUCAGUGUAAGCAUUGUGGGAAAGCCUUCAAUUGGCCCACAUCUUUACAUAAGUGUCAUGAGAAUGCACACUGGAUAGAUAAAUUAUAAACACAGUAAAGUUUUCAGUCUUAACAGAUAUACUCAAAGUCAUUUGAAAACUCUACUGGAGAAAAAUGUUUAUAAAUGUAAGUAAUAAAAGAGAGCCUGAUGCAAAUUAAUUUACAACAUGACAAAAAUGUUUUUAAAGUUAAAAAUAUACUGUCCUUCAAGUGGAUCAUCCUGAAACUCAGUGUCUGGAUUGUGGAUUCUGCUUGUUGCUUUUGUAAGUGAAUACUGAGACAGUUCUGUAAGUACUCUAAGCUAUAGGACAUAAGCUUUUAGUAGGUAGUGCUUUUCCUUAAAUCAGCUUAUAAAUUUUUUGUUUUUCUACUUUGAAGUCUGUUAGAUCCAUGGGUGAGUUGAAAUAUAAUUGUAACAUACUAGUAGUGUUAAUUUUUAUAUAAACUUUUAAUUCUUCUUAAGAGGAAUAAUGACACUGGUAUUUGUUGGUAUUUUCCUAUUGGCUUUGUGUGGCAGGUGCCGGGUAUUCCUUACCCAUUAUAAAUAUUCCUUUUUUGUUAUGAGAAAAACUCUUUCUUUCAUCAGAAGAGCUUUAUUCAUUUUUCCUUAAUAGAUGGUUGGCAUAAGUUUGUACGUAUACAAAGUUUAUCAUAAAGUAUCUCAUUUGAAUUACUAUUUACAUCUUUUCCCUUUUCUUUGUCAUUCUUUCUGAAUGUGUUUUGGAUAACAGACUUUACACAUUAAGAAAAGCAACCUAUGCUGACAUCAAUCUCAGACUUAUAAAAGUAUUUUAAAAUACUUACAAGUAUAAUUAUUUUAGAUUUAAAUUCACAGCUACAAUAUCUUUACACCAAAGCAACAUUUUUCCCCAUCAAGCCAUUAAAAUCCUCCUACAGUACUAUUACAUCACCAUUUGAGGUAUCUUUUACCCAUAAUAUAAUUAGAAUAAUUACAUGAUAUCACUAAAGUCAACCAGUAGCAUUAGCAUCCCUCUAUUUAUAUUGAGCACCUAUUGUGUGCCUGGGCUGGACACUAGAAAUACAACAGUGAACAUAACUAAAAUGGUCACUGCUCUCACAGUGCUUCAAGUCUAUAAGAGUAAAUAUAAUCACAUUUCUAGCUACUUUCCUAAGUGUUAUUAACACUUAAACGCUGAUUCAUUUUUGUAAGAACAUUAUCUUUGGUAGACCAAUAGACCUUUAUAUUUGUCAAAAAAAAAGAAAAGAGACCUUUGAUAGGACAAUAAAACAUAGGAUUGGAAAUAGCUCUCCUGGAAUAUGUUAUGUCCACGUGGGUAAUGUUGUGACCUUUUUCUAGAAUAUUUUCUGUUCUUUUUAUGGUUCCAUGUUAGAAUUCAUUAAUAGUCUCAUGAGAUUCAGAUGGCAGAAGUGAAGGUCUGUUUUUGAACCACAGUACACAGAAACAUAGAUGUUUCAUAUAUAUACCUGCUUUCAAUCUAUUUUCAUGAUUCUUUGCCCUGCCAGUCUAGAGUAUCCUCAGUACCACCACCAACUACAUGACUUCCAUUUUCUGAGCUGUAGGUUUCCACAGAUGCCUCUACAAGUCCCACAGCAAAGAUCUGUCGGUUUGGAUUCUCCUGCAAGCCCUCAUGUGUCCACUAGGCAACAAAUUUGGACUGUCAUGUUUGAAAAUCUUCUCUGAAGUGCUGACUCCCUUCUUUAGAGUGUAUUUGUAUGCAGCCUGGUUUGUAUAGUAAACACUUGGUUCUAUUACUAUCACUAGUGACUGUGUGUUCCUGAUUCCACCAAAACAGCUACAGUGGUGCUGUCAGAAAGAACUAUGUGGGCGUUUGUUCCUGUUUCACUGCAGUGACUGCGCUGACAGUCUUCGUAUGUGAGAAUUGGCACCUUCUUUAUAUCAGGCAGAUUGUGAAUAUUUCCGACUACUCACAACUGAACAUAAUUCCUCAGUACGUUUUCAAUUACAUUUGUAUGUGAUUUAAAAUAGUGUUCAUUGUUAUGUCAAACAAAUGUUUCUGUAGGUGUUUCUUAGAAAUGUUUUACUGUUUGAAACAGCUUGUGUACUAACAAAUAUUUUAUUUUCCACUUCCUGAUAGGAUAUAUUAAAACAUUCCCACUGUA